CUGCUUCAAUCCAUUUUGUGUUUUUUGUGUCCAUAGAUGUAAGAUUGAACUAUAAAAAUAUGAUAUUGCACGUGGUUCGAAUUCCAUUUCUACUCUUCUACUCUUCUACUUUUUUCGACUUAUGUUUCAUACGUUAGGUAAUAAGUAAUCGAGGCUUAGAACAUUUUCAAUGUAAAUUUUCCCGGUCUUAAAUUUCAAAAAGGUCAUUUCCAAAAACGCCGUCAAAAUUUUAUUUUAUUAUCCUGAAACUGGUUUUGAAGUAUUGAAUGGAAUUGGUAUUUGUGUAUGAGACAAUUGUUGUUGCGCCAAAUAUCAAAUUUCAACAGUGAACAUAUCCCCUCAAAUAACCAUUCCAAAUGUGUAUUUCUAAUAUUCCAAUCUAUACUGUUAUAGAAAAGAAUGGUUCAACACUGUUAUAGCCUUUCCAGAUCAAUUAACUAAGUUCACGUUUACUUGCAAACUACUUUAUUCACUCUUGACGACCCACAUUUUUCAAAUUUUGCUUCUAAUUUGACGUGUCCUUGAUUAUAACGUGGUUGUUCUUAAUCAACACCAUAGUACGGUUAUAGCAUCACAUCAUAUCGCCAUCACUCUUGAUAGAUACAGUCAGAAUCUUUUCGGCCUUCUUGGGCACGUUACAGUGAGCAUAGUUUCAUUGUCAAUCAUUCUGCAGUUGAUGCUGAUCCGGCUAAAUGCAGUGCGCACGGUUGUCUCACCUAACGCGCAGUAUGUUACAGUCAUGUUGCACAAUGAACCAUCUCUCCCUUUAGUGCUUUGUUCCGGAAGGACAUCCUGAAAUAAGUAGUUCUUCCCGCCCGCGAGCAAAUAGUUACAAAUUCAAUUUUAACUUUCAAGCCAUCAACAUCCGCCGCUUUCUUGCUCGGAAUUUCAGCAAGGCUUUUUAGCAUAUGGCCGCUUAGGGUCUCUCGGCUACAUCUGUCUCUUAUUGUCAUGCGUUGUCCUUGUCCCGACUCAGCCAAUAUUGCGGAGUAGUAGAUUUGAGGGAGUAGUAGAUUUGGAGCGUUCCCGUGGUACGUGGUCGUCAACUCGAACGACUCAAUUACAUGCCCGUCACGGCGUUUCUAGCCCAUGGACCGUCCCCCCGUAGCAAGGAUUGACUAUCCGGCUUCGUGAUAAUGAAUUAAGUCUCGAAAGCCUAUACAGGCCAGCAUGUCCGCAUAGCACGUUACGCCAAAUAGAAGAAGAUUUGAGGGAGUGUACAUGUUCGACUUCCUGGGUUUUACAGGAUAUUCUGUACCACACUUAUCUGCCGAUGACGACGGUGUAGCUAGUAUUCGAGGUGCUUAAGCACCAAUAAUGAGUAUGGUUGGCUUUAUUAAUGAUUGAAUGAAUUGGAAUAUCAACCAUUUCACAAUUAGGCUAAUUUGGAUAGUUUUCAAACAUGUUUUUUUUUAUAUUGCCUUGAAUAUCUUGAUUAAUAAUGGGAAGGGGUAUGAGAUGGGACACUUUAUCAUCAGGUGGCUAAUUUGCAACUUCAAUUAUUAAAAAAAAUCAUUAUAUCCAAUGCCAUGUGAUUUCGAAUCGGUUUGUGUAAACAAAAAGUCUAACUAACCAUUGCACUCAUUACUUGCGGGCUAGCAGUGGUGCAUGGAGCAAGUCCUUUCGCAGCAACGCGCGUUGCUAAUAGAGCUCUGCUCUCACCGCUUUCUUUCUCUCUCGCUGAAUGUUUACUCUCACGUCAUUGCGGCGAUUUUCGAUUUUAUAUAUAGUGAGAAGCCUUCUUGCUGAUGCGUUAAGCCACCCUGAGGGGUUGAGACUUAUAGUGGUGGUGCUGGUGGUGCAGACGUGUAACGUUAAUCGCCGACCGAAAUGAAGGUGGCGUCUGUCGAUCACUUCGAACAAAAGUAAAAGCGUAUCAAAAUUACCGUACAGAUGAAGUGGUGUAAGGAAACGUUAAUCGGAGCGAGGUGGAAGAAGAUAAAAUGCCACUUUUUUAAGGGUUUGCUUUUAUUACUCGCUUGGGUUGAAACUUCUCCACAGUGCUUCUUGCCAGGGCUGAUGAUUUAACCUUCCUGAUUUCCGAUUCUGUUGAACAGAACUGUUGACCUACUUUUAUUUGACCCAUUUCCGGGGCUCACCACGGGUUCCCUUCUAGGAGUAGUUGGGGUAACGGACCACUUUACAGAUAUGGUGCGGCGUGUUGCCAAAAUGUUGGCCAUCGAUAUUUUGCCAAGAAUUUAGUGCUGAGAGAGAAACAGGGAAGGUAUGGAAUCGAGAGUCUGGAGAAAGCGUGACGUUCUAUAAAUGCGAUGCGGUGCGAACCUUGACAACUCCAAUGUCUGGAUAUAAACUAUCGAUUACGAUGUGUACAGCCCAUUUACUCCAAUAACUCAGAUCUAACUCCUCUCACGGCUUUGAAUCAAUUGUCAAAUCACAUUUCCACAACAAUAUCCCAUGAACGACACGUGUUCUAUGAUGAACAUGCCCUAACUCACUUAGUCUUAUCGAACCACUGUUUUCAUCUUUAUCUAUUGAAGCUGGAAAACUUAUCUGUAAUGCAACGCGGCUUCGUUCAGAAUUGAACAUGGUGAAGAAUUUAUCCCCAGAAUCACGUACCUUUCCAUCGGGAAGGUUAUAUAGUGCCUGACCAUUGCAAGGUUCUUGGCACACACCACCGAACCACCACCCAUCGGUUGCAGGCAACGGAGAAGAACUAACACCACACAAGUGUAAGAAGUUGGUCACGAAAAUGACGACGACGCGCAUCAAAGUCGGAAUAGUGUUCAUUGCGCUGUAUCUACUGCAGCGAUGUAGUGCAACUAACGUGACAACGACGACCAUGAUGACGAACGAAGAAGCCGUAACAUCAAGCUCCACGGAUCAAACCGUGCCACCUACUGUUGAGAGUGAAAAAGGGCCAAGUGAUGGUAGUGACAAACAACAGGCGUCUACUAGUGGAAUAGAAACCGUGGAAUAUGUAGCAAAUGCUUCCCCAACAACAGUCAUGCAAUCAAUUACAGAAGAUGUAUCAACCAUUCCGCCAAGUGUGACUUCUACCGAAGUUCCAUCGAGUUCGUUUCCGGUUCAAAAUGAAACUAACGCACAAGAAGGAUCAACGGACGAGCUAAUCGCUUCCUCAAAGGUGAAUUCCUCGGACUCUGGUGAACAAAUUAGUGAAACUGACGUUGUUGCCGAUGCUCCCGGUUCAAUUGCAGAAGAGCAGCAGCCCGAGGAGACACUCAAUCCGAACCGAACGGAAACGCAACAGGCGACAGCGAAUGGGGAUGAAAGCGCAACGGAAACUUCGGCCACACAACAGGGGAGCUUAACAAAUUACAGUGUUCAAUUAGGUGAUGCAGAUGUGCUUAAUAUUGAUGAAGAUAGUCCUGAAACGAAUGCAAACAAUAGUGAUAAUAGUUCCGUACCGAACAUAUCUUCAGCGUCGAUUGUUAAUUCUAAUGAUUCUACUAUCAAUGGUACAGAUUCGAAUGUAAUGGGCUUUGAUGAAGUUGAACUACUAGCGGAAGAUAUGACAGAGCAAGAUUUUGAAAACGAAAACAAUCCAAAUCCAUUGGAUGAUGGAGAAACUAAUUUGAAUGCUGCUGAAAAGGAAGCUGACCGGCCGGAUAAACCGGAGAGCGAAAUAACAUUUUCCUCAAACGAUAAAUUCAAUGCAACUGACGAUGUUACUAAUUCAUCAAGUCCAGCUGUUACAAAUAGUGAUGGAGAAGUUCUCGACAGUAAUGAUGGAGAUUUUGGAAGGAAUGAAAGUACCUACAAGACACCUAAUAAACCGGAGAAUCUGAUUCCGGAUUCUUCCAAUUUUGGCACAAGUUAUGAUGAAGUUGCCCUGUUAGCUGACGAUAUGAAUCCGGCUGAUAUGAAUGAUACCACAACAACAACCGAAAAUCCGGACACAACUACCGAAAUACCCAAAUCAACAUCUACACCGAGUGAUCUACAGCCCUCCGAAGAUGUCGUAAAAGCAUCUGCAAUUGAAGGCAAUUCAAAAACAGCUCCGCACAUGGAAUCAUUUAUGCAAAAGAUUGCAGAACCAUUCCGGAAUCUUAACUUGACUGACUUUGAUGCAUCCAAUGGAUCAUCCUUAUACAGCUUUUUUGCUAAUAAAAGUCAACAGCACGUACAGAAACAACAAAACGCUACAGAAGAUGUCGAACAGAGUGCUGUUGCAGGAGAAAAUAAUUCUACUACAGAAAUGUCCCAAUCAACUGACGAAUUUUAUGAGGUACAUUUACUAGCUGAUGAUAUCGUCUUGGAUGAGAUCGAAAAAGAGAAUGAGACCAUUACAUCCUAUUCAUCUGACGAUGAUAAAGUAUUAGAAAAAGGAAAAGCUGGUGAAAAUGAAGAUGAAGCAGAAAUUUCAGAACCAGCUGAUGGAUUUGAAAAGAAUAAAUUGCCAGCAAUUGAUGAUGCACAAGAAAAGGAAAAUGGAACUGUUUCCAAUUCUCCAGAUGAUCCUGCUUUACGCAGUAGUUUCAACGUAGAUGAUAGUAUGAACCAAUCGGACCAACUUCGUCAGGAUAACUUGACGAAUCCAGAACAAGAUCCUUCAAACAGUGUAACAGUGGAAGAAGCUCUUACAGAUGACACGGUUAUUCCAAAUAACGAUGAAGAGAUAAAUGUUGUUCAAGAUGAAUCACCCACAGUAAAUGAAACAACAUUCGACUCGCCACCACAAGAUGAUUUAGCACAACAAGGUAACAAUGACAGCCAAUUGCCACCGCAAACAGAAAUGGCUAAGGAUACAAACAUCUUAACCAAUGGACGACAAUGGUCGAAGAAAAUGUUUACAGUUCUUCCGGGAAGCACCUUACAAAUCUUAUUGAUUCCUGCAGCAAAAGGCGUAACUCCCGACGAAUAUCCUUCUCCUACUAGUCCGCAGCCGGAACGUGGGGAUAGUGAGCAUAAGAAGAGCGAUACGGAAUUGAAAGAAGACCCUUUUAACGAUUAUAAACCGGAACAGACAUUCAUUCAACUGCUAGCCGAUGACUUUGUGUUUGAUGAGGCUCCCAAACAUGAUGCUUAUUUCCCAAGCCAAACUACCGAUCUCUACGAGGAAACUACUGAAGACAACCAUCCAACGGAAGAUACCAAUUGGGAAGAUUCCUCUAGAGAUUCCAUUUUAACUACUACCACCUUCAAGCCUUACUUCAUCCCAGAAGAUGACGAGCCGAAACCCCCAAGAUGUCCGUUUUCACCCAAAGCAUUGGUCGCAAGCGACCCGAGCAAGGAACAUGCUCGUACAGACGACCGACCUCCCGAGACCUAUUUCAUGCAAGAGCCGUACUUCUACGGACUGGAUCCAUUCUGUCUAACGCGCCACCACGUGUUCAUACCUGCCCUGCCUCUCAUGCUGCCCCAGUGGUGCUUCGUGCCGGACACACCGGACUUUCUCUGUCCACGCUACGAUCUGGGUUUUCAUAUUGCCUUCCCGCACGAAACGCAUCGCGACAUGUACUACCGCUGUACCUAUGGGCAGGCCGAGCUACGCAAGUGUCCUAACCUGCACGUCUGGGAUGAUGAGCGAAAGAUCUGCACAUUGGUGAUGGAUUUCAGUCUCUUCCAGAUGGAGCACCAGCCACGCCACAGUCUGUACGAUCCGGAGGCAGCACAUUAUCACUGUCAGCAGUGUCGGCGUAACUUCCUGCUGCCACAGGACGUGGAUCCGAGCGCACAGUGUUCCGAUCGAGUGCUGUUGGCGUGCAACACGGACGGAACGCUGACGGUGUACGAAUGUCCCGGGUUUUAUCAUCACGAUCGUCAAAUUCAGCUCCGCUGGUAUGCCGACCUGGAACGGUGCGAUUACCCAGCGGAUGGCGAAGGUCCGUGGCAGCGUUGAACGGUCGUUAAGUUUGGCAGGUAGUAAGCCCCAGACACAUGAUAAAUCACAAAAAUAUAGCCAAAACUACACGCACCUACAUAAAAUACAAGCAUUUAUCGCGAGCACUUUCAAUAAAACAUUUACAGUUCCUCCAGGAUGAAACUAUAUCAUUUGUGUACUUAUGUGGGGCUGUUAAUCGUUUUGGGAGCUUGUUUUAUAGCAGACACUUCAUGGAGCAGUCAUUGGAGUCGUCUGUUCAGAACCAUAACCUUUACUGUUUCAGUUCUGCGAGUUCUGCGAGUUGUCUUCAUAAAGUGCGUCACCAAUCUAUUGUCGGUUCAUGUAAUAAAUGCCAUCAAAAGGGCGGAAAACUCAUUCGGGAAGGGUGAUGCACCAGCUGUGCGUGACAGUCAGCUCACACGCGCACCAGUAGAUUGUAUUGCGGUAAGGAAAAACAAUAACGAACGGAAUAAAAACAACUGAGUAUGCUGUGAGGUGUAUCAAAAAGUAUCAGAAUUCCAUGUCCAAUUGUAUCAACCUUGAAGAGACUCUUGAAAUGAGGAAAUGUAGUGGAAUAUACUGGAUUUUAGAAGAUAUAGCAAUAAUUAGGUUAUGGGCAAAAGAAAAACGCAUGAAAAUGACGUCCUCUUUGCAUGU